CCUUCAUCAUUUUCGCUUUGAAGCCUUCGGAAGCCAUGAAGAAGCAGCAAAAGGUGAAGGAGCCCUUCUCGGUGGAAGUUGUCAAGAAGGAGUCUGAAAGAUCCUUUGCAGCGGGCCCGAAGGCGAUCACAGACCAUUUGAGGGCGAAAGAUCCUGUGCUGGUUGCACUGAAGGUCGACCUGCACUUCGACGAAACUUCUUUAGAGGGGGCCACGUUGCACUUCAGCGAAACGGGCGGCAGCAUCGAGUCUCCCGAAAACUUGGUGCUUCGGAGGCCUUUGAGACCUUGGAGUCAGUAUUUGGCUUUGAUCGGCUCGAAGGGUCGGGAAUUCCAAGUGGUCAAGCCAGCGGUUCUCUUUGAGAUCCAGUCCAAGCGCAAGGCCAUGGCCACUGCAGACAAGCGGGUCGCCCGGACGCUUGGGGAGUUGGAAAGCCUGAUCCGAGCCGAAGAUGCCUUGGAGGAAGGCCUCCGACCCACACGCGCCGCGGCCAAGUGGGAGAUGCGGACUCAGCUGGGUCUUGAAGGGCUGGGUGAACCCCUUUGCGGUGUUGGAUUCGACCUGAGUGCAGAGAUGGACUCCCUUCUCAAGGAGGAUGACUGGGCUGGUGAAGGUGCAGCCCCGAAAAAGAAGCACAAGAGCUGCUUCUCAGCCUCUGGACAGAAGCGUCAGAGAAAGGAGGAGGAAGAGCGACUGAAGCCUUUGGCUGGAUCCUACACUGCUAAGGUGAUUAAGCCGAAGAUCAGUGAGGUUCCUCCAAUGGUGGCCUUUUGGAACUUCAGCGACUUCGAUUCCGACGCCUUGCAGGACCUUACCUUCAAGCGUUGGGAGCGUAAAUCCGCCAAGCCUACCUUCCUGGAAGGUGAAAUGGUGAAUUCUAGUUGGAAGCUCUUGGGGCUUCAGGACGAGGAGCCCAACCACAAGAUACUUCUGGGCAUUUUGACUCCUGAAGAGCAGCUGUUGCUUUCAAGAGCUGAGGUGUUUGUAUUGAAAGUUGACACCCUUCCACCUGAAAAGGACGAGGAGGAGGCAAAGUCAUACUACCAGCUGCGGCAGAUGGCCACGGACGGCUUUGGCACUGAUAAGAAGAUCCGGACCUCAGCUAUUCUGAGAGAACGAUUCACGAGAAGUUGCGAAGUGGCGGAACUCGACAAGUGCAAAAAGACAAUCCAGAAGAGAGUGGAGGAGCAGAGCAAGACCACAAAGACGACCUUUGACAAGGAUCUUGAACUUAAACAUCAGAUUUUGCCAUCCUUCAAGGACGCCACAGAGCCAUCGAAGAUCUAUGAGGAUGGUCUCGGCGAGAUCGCAAAUGAGCAGUUCAUCAAGGACGAGACGGACUUGAUCCAGCCCUGUAUGCAUCGGCUCUUGCGGAUGAAGGCGCCAGAUCUCCUGAAGCUCAGUGACAAAAGCGAGAACGACUUGGAGGCCUGUGGUGGCUGGCAUUUCGUGCUGCAGGUUCUAAAGGCACGAGGCGCACAAAAUGCACCGCCUCCCCCGCCGAAUGAUGCGCAGCUCUUUGGACAGAAACUUGGGGUCUUGGGUUUGCUGCUCCGGAUCUGCCAGAUUGAGGACAAGGCCAAGCGCAAACAGAAGUAUCGAAAGUGCACACCGAAGCUUCUGGCAGAACUGCUGGAGUUGAAUGUCAGCUCACCGCUCCUCAAGCAGUUGCAUCAGCGCUGCUAUGAAGCGAUGCCGGGCGACACUGCGAUGCGGGUACUGAGUAUCCGCAGAACGCUGUGUGCUACCAUCAUUUGGGCAUUGUGCAUGAAUGGACGUCUCCAUUCGCUUCCCCUCCAGCGAUUUAGCUUCGUUGGACAAGGUUCAUCGCUGGAGGCCUUGCACCUUACUCCAGAGCUUUGGAUGAAUGUGACCAAGAGCGUGCAGGAUGAGUUGAGCGCUCCGACCAAGACUCUGAAGAUUGCGUUUGAGUUCAUCGGAUGCAAGAUCGAAGACAAGCCGGAAAACGUGCUCAAAGUCCAACUUGUGGGCGCUCCAAAGUUCGACCAAAGCUUCUAUGAGAAACAGCUGAGAAAUCCAAACCAGAGCAGAAAGCGAGGCCGGUAAGAUUGGAGGUCAGUUUGGCUGGACUUGCCUCUCAUGUCC